GACAAUGCCUGUGGAGGAGUUCGUGGCCGGCUGGAUCUCCGGAGCUCUGGGCUUGGUCCUGGGACACCCCUUUGACACUGUCAAGGUGCGGCUGCAGACCCAGAACACGUACCAGGGCAUAGUGGACUGCAUGGUCAAGACCUACCGCCAUGAGUCGGUCCUGGGUUUCUUCAAGGGAAUGAGCUUCCCCAUCGCGAGCAUAGCCGUGGUCAACUCCGUCCUGUUUGGGGUCUACAGCAACUCGCUGCUGGCCCUCACGGCCACCUCCCACCAGGAGCGGCGAGCCCAGCCGCCCAGCUACACAGAUGUCUUCAUAGCCGGCUGCACUGGGGGGUUCGUGCAGGCCUAUUUCUUGGCCCCUUUCGACCUCAUCAAAGUCCGCCUGCAAAACCAGACAGAGCCGAGGGCACAGCCGGGGAGCCCCCGGCCCCGGUACUGGGGGCCCGUGCACUGCGCGGCCUCCAUCUUCCAGGAGGAAGGGCCGCGGGGGCUGUUUCGAGGAGCCUGGGCCCUGACGCUGAGGGACACCCCCACACUGGGGAUCUAUUUCCUCACCUACGAGUGGCUGUGUCGCAAAUACACCCCAGAAGGCCAGAACCCCAGCUCAGCCACGGUGCUGGUGGCAGGCGGCUUUGCGGGCAUCACCUCCUGGGUCGCGGCCACGCCCCUGGACGUGAUCAAGUCCCGGAUGCAGAUGGACGGGCUGACGCAGAGGGCCUACCGGGGGCUGCUGGACUGCGUGCUGAGCAGCGCCCGGCAGGAGGGGCCGGGGGUCUUCUUCCGGGGGCUUGUCAUCAACAGCGCCCGGGCCUUCCCCGUCAACGCCGUCACCUUCCUGAGCUACGAGUACCUCCUGCACGCCUGGGGCUGAGC